AACAGAAAAAAAGAUUUCGGAAACUUGUCAAAGAAGUGUGCACUUGUGCACAGAGAAACAAAUGACUGAUGGCAUUCUUCGGGGUUACAAACUGUGGUUAUCAGAAUCCAAUUGGAGAUCGGAUGUUCUCUAAAACUUCCAACACUCAAGAUCGGGAGAGAGUGCCAGAAUUACCUCCCAUUCAUCCCACGAGGAGGCCGUCGUGUACCGACACAUGCAGUAUCUACAACCAACCUCUCCCCUACAGCAUAGACUUACAUCGCGGCAGCCAAAUGAUCUAUAGAGAAAUGCUAAGACGAGCUCAAACGCCAAGAUCCCCCAACCAGCUGUAUGUCAUGCCCGUCACUGAUGCCCAGCAUUACGGAUGGUGGCUGCCUAGUAAUGAACAGUGGACAAGAACGCGCAGGUUCCCUCGCAAGCACAGCGAGAUGACCAAAUUUGUGAUGGAGAUGUCCAUGACUGACCACGAGUUCAGCUUGUUCUGACUUCUGCUGCUGGAAAAUUAAUGCUUGUGUGGUUAAUAAAUUGUUCUUCAUAUAGCAUAGUAUUUCUAUAGUCUAUAUUUUUUCCAUAUUUAGUCUUUUACAGAUUUGUAAUACAUUUAUUAGAAGGUCAGUAACACUGUGGUUUUAUUUUACCUGACACUUGUUCCAACUGUUUCCUUGCUGAUUUUGUGUUGGCUGAUACAGAAUAACCUACUGGAGAUAUAAAAGGACACUAGUGCUACAAAUUAAUAUUGUAGCCCUAUAUUAAAUCAAAAGAAUAUUUACUUGCAUUUCUUCAUGUAACUGUUAUCAAUAUCCUAUUACCAAAUAAAGGAAAAGCCAGUA